CGGACGCUAAGGUCGCAUGGAUAUGUAAAGACUUAGUAGUAGGCCUGUGCAUGAUGGCUACUGUCACCAGUAUGCUCCGUGGUGCCUUUCGCAGCUCUCGGGCUGCAGUGCGUUUGUCGUGCCGAGCUCCCUACAGCACAGAGGCGGCGGCUCCGAGAGCUAGCGGGGUGAGCCUGGCCGAGACGCAGGUCGACUGGCCAGCGGAGGUACAGGCCCAGCCGCCGGUCCGAGUCCGUGGGAGACCAUGGCUCCCUGGAUCUCACAGCCCCAACUUUCCGGAGUUCCUGGCCCCGCCCAGACCUGGGUACCCCCGCGUCUUCACGCCCGACGGACAGGGGGGCGGUACCCCCGAGGAGUGCGCCGUCCCGGCCCGCAAGGUUCUCGAAGACCUGCUGGACAAGGAGAACGAAGGCGCGGUCCUGUUCCGCGGGCUACCCCUCAGCACACCCGAGGAUUUCUCCCGCUUCAUGUCCAACCUGGGGCUGAAGUUGAUCAGUUACCAAGGCGGCUCCAGUGUGCGCCACAACCUUGCUGCCUCUGUGGACACUGCCAGUAACGAACCACCCAACUUCUGUAUAGAACCGCACAAUGAAAUGGCCUACACCGACCACUUUCCUGAAAAGAUAUCGUUCUUCUGUCUCCAACCGGCUGCUCCAGGCAAGGGAGGGGAGACCGUGCUAACGGACGUACGGGAGGUCCUGCCACGCCUGGACUCUGCCGUGGUGGACAAGUUCCGCAAGCUGGGCGUACGGUACUUCCGUCACGUGCCAAACAGGGCGCCAGGGUCCUACACGUCGUGGCAAGAGGUUUUCCUGACAGAGGACAAGUCUGUUGUUGACAGUUACAUGAAGGCCAAUGACAUGGGGUACCAGUGGGAGUCUGACGGGUCCCUGUCAUGGUGGACAACUCUGCCUGCACUACGUACAUACAAAGGUGAGGAGAUCUGGUUCACCCAGCCGCACUCCAUGAACGCCUCGUACUUCAAGGCUCAUCCUGAUUGGUCAAAGAAGGACAUUCCAGACAAUCGUUACCCCUUCCACACUUACUACGGCGACGGGUCGGACAUCCCCCUCGACGUGCUGCAGCAUAUCAGGGACGUCUGUUGGCAGGUUUCUGUGGGCUUCCAGCUGCAGAAGGGAGACCUGAUCAUGCUGAACAACAUGUACGUGAAGCACGCCCGCAUGUCCUUCACUGGGGAGAGGAAGCUGGCCAUCUCACUGGCACUGCAGAAGAACUAGUCUAAAUCCUGACCAAGUGUGAUGACCGUUUAACCCAUAAUGGUGUUUGACAACAGUUGGGCUAUCUGGAAUAUAUUGAGACUAACAAGGUGGUGAUCAUUUUUCCAAAGGAAGUUGAUAAUAUAAUAUAUAUUUUGUGCAAUUAUGUAUUCAGUUCAUUUAUUACAUGCCCCAGUUUGUCAUAUUUUCAAUGGUACAGCAGUUUUGUUUUUUCUGUGAAAAAGAGGUACAAAUGAACACAUGAAGUGAAAUUUAACUUGAUUGAUAAAUUAUUUUCAUUGUACCUGCUCUUUGCAUUUCAUACACAUCUAGUACCAGAUGGUUGACAUAUCAUUUAUUUACUUCAACUAUUUUACAAUGGAGUAAGAUCAGGGAUAUCUUAAAAUGAUAAAGCUCUCAGCCUCUCAGGUGUGAAGUUUGAUUCUUCAUAUACUAGUUCUAUACCUAUGAGUUCUGUUUUUUUGCAAAUUUACAAAUUAAUACAUUUUCUAUAUGAUGUGAAUAAUCUUUCCUGAAUGUUUUCAAAAGCAUUAGUUUUUUUUUUUUUUUUAGUAAUGGGGAUAUGAAACCCCAAUAUUGCCAAAUUUAUGACAUAACAAAUGCAGCA